AUGAACAUUGCCCGUGACAUCAGAGAAGGCAGGGAGUAUAAACGGGGCCAACGGCACUCAACUGCCGCACUGUCCUUCCCUCUGAGCUGUGGGGGAGACGGUUCUGACAUGUCUGAGCCUUCGUCUGAGACGUCUGGAGAAAGCCUGGCCACCAAGGAAGCAGAGCCCUCCAAAGCCGAGCCAAAGAACCCGAAGCAGAAGACACCGAAGCGCCACCGCGGCUGCCGCAGCCGCCGCCGCUCUGACGGCUUCGACAGCUUUGCCGCCUAUUUCCCCAGGGUGCUGAAGCAGGCCCACGAGGGCCUGAGCCUCUCAGAGGAGGCCGUGAACGUCAUGGAUUCGUUCGUUAAGGAUAUGUUUGAGCGAAUCGCCAACGAGGCGGCGCGCCUGGUCUGCUCCAGCAAGCACUCCACCCUCAGCUCUGGAGAGAUCCAGACCUCCGUGCGCCUGCUGCUGCCUGGGGAGCUGGGCAAGCAUGCCAUGUCCAAAGCCAGCAAGGCCGUCAUCAGAUACACCACUGGCAAAUGA